AUGAAGUUUCUUCGGCUGGACAACCCACGUGAAAUUAUUCCCAUCGGAUGUCGUUUGCUUCACCUGUUCGGGUUGGGAAACAACGAUCGCUUCAAGCUCGUAUACUGGUCGCAGAUUGCAAUCUAUCUGGUGUUUAGUCUCAUACCACGGAUGCUACUUCAGAUCGACGAUAUGGUUAUGCUGCUUCGAUUUUGCUCCGAGAUAAUGUUCAUUUCAUAUCUGUGUUCCCAAAUGGUGGCACUUUACUUUCGACGUGCUCACCUUUAUCGACUGGUGGAUAUGCUAAAGGUGUGCGCCGAAAAACCGUCUUCCGAGGAAGUGCAAACAUUUUUCAUACGAUCUAACAUCAAAAUUAACAAAUCAUCCAUUAAGUAUGUGAGAUUUUUCAUGAUUCUCUACAUCCUGUACUGUACGAUGGCUCCGAUAGCAUCUAUCGGGAUAUACAUGCGCAAUAUGCGAAACGAGACGAGCGAGAAAGAAGAAUUUAUUAUAUCGUCAGAAAUGAACUUGUACUAUUUGGACAUUCGUUACAAUCCACUGCACUACUCGAUCUAUGCUGCAAGCAUGUUUGUGCUAUCCGGAAUAUCAUCUCUCUCCUUGUGUACCAAGGACGUAGUGGAUAUUGCUGCCAUUAAGACAACCACACUCAUAUUCCAGCUGGCUGCCAUGCAAAUUCGAGAGCUCUAUGAUCAAUGCACACAGGAGCAACUCAACAAAGUCAUCAGAAUGCAUCAGGACACACUGCUGUGUAUGAACAAAUUGCAAGAUGCUCUCAAUCUUUCCUUACUAUUUCAGCUUGCCUGUUGCAGCGGUAUCUGGUGUCUCAUGAUGUUUUACAUUCUGCUAAUGGGAUUGGAUUCAAGAAUUCUAAGCCUGGUCAUACUGUUGGUAAUCGUGUCAAUCGAAACCUACGCCUAUUGUGCACUAGGAACUGAGCUUACAGAGAGCGCAGAGGAUGUUUUGAUGGCGCUGCAACAGCUAUCUUGGUACGAUCAAUCAGUGACACUUCAGAGGCAAAUAAUCUUCAUGAUCCAACGCUCACAAGUACCCAUCGUUAUGACUGCUGCAAAGCUGUUCAAAGCAAACGUGCAACAAUUUAGUGAAAUUGUUCAAAAAUCCUACUCGUUCUUUCUGGUAUUGAAGAAUGUAUUUUAA